AUGUAAUCAAUUACUAGUUCAAAAUAAUCAAAAAUAGAUUGCUUAUUAGCAAUACAAGAUGAUUGCUGGCAAUAGUUGACUAUAUUCAAUUUUUUAAAGUGUCUUUGUGAUUAUCAUUUUAAUCAAUAUUAGUAUAAACAAGGAAAAUAAAUGAUUAAUUAUGUUCAAAGUUUUUGUACAUACCACGAAUAUAAAAAAUUCGGCCGAGGGAAAUAAAUAUGAGUCAAUUUGCGAUUUACUGUUGUUUACGUUCACAGUGAGCAAUGCUUAGUAUAAAAUGGGAAAUACAUAGUUUUCAAUCAGUCAAGACAGAGUCCUCUCUCAGUUCCUGUAAACAGCAUACAAGGGGCAAUCAUGUACGGACGUCAGGGACAGUUUGUCCCACAGAACCAAGGACUGUUUCCAUCACCUGGGCAACAAGAGCUGCCACAGUUACAAGCACUUACAAUGCUUAUAGCAGUCUAGCUGGAGGGAGCCUAGGGCAGGCAGUGGGGGGCACACCAUACUCCCAAAGCACAACAUCAUAUAACCAGCCACAGUCAUAUUCCACUAAGCCUGUUACACCUUCUACCCUGCCUAACUCCUAUAGUAACUAUACCCGAACAAGUGAACCGAUAACAACUACUGCCAGUAAAGCUAAACCAGUGAACACAGCAAGUAAAGGUGUGACUGUAACUAAUAUAAAACCACUGGCACAAGAAGAGACCAGUGAUAUUCCAGCUACCAUAUAUGGGCGUACAGCACCAACUGCAACAUUUGAACCUAUAAUGUCAUCUUCAGGGCAAAGGGUUAUGAACCAAACAUCGCAAAAUGUAGAAAAGGGGCCUCUUUCAAAACCCAUAAAGGGAAUCUUGAGGAAAACACCCUCACGUGUCACACAAGAUGGCCUCCUAGGAGCAGGGCCAAGUAGUGUGGGCCCUGCAGGGAAUGUAAUCAAGCCUCUGAUGCCACCUUCUAUGAGGAAACAAAUGACAGAAGAGGAAGCACGAGUGUAUCUGAAAAUAGCUAGAACCAAACCAUGGAGCACAAUAGACAACUCCUCUCUUACGGAAGAUGAACGCUGCAUAAUCAGGUCCAUCAAGUCAUUCCAAAUGAAUGAUGAAGAAAAGGCUGAAGGUGAACACUGGUUGAAGCAAAAGUUUGAUGAAGCUUAUAAUGCAGAGGCAAAAAAGAAUGGAGCAUUUUCCAGUUACAUUCUUGACAUGAAGGCAUCAAUUCUCACAGACCAAAUCGCAGGCCUAGUCCCCAAGAUGCAUGUCUGCAUGGAUGCCGGAAUACGACUUGUUGCUCUCAACAAUUUACUCUGCUGUAUUUGCGAUAAAGUGUGCCACACUAAAGAUGAGUGGACCAUACAUGUGGGUACCAAGAAGCAUAAAAAGGUUAUGAAGAUGAAAAUGAUUGGCUUCUUCCAAAAGGAAAAGGAGAGAUUGGAGGAAGACUUGCAGAGAAAGGAAAAUGAAGAAGCUAUGAGCCAUGUGGUAAAGCCAAAGACCUGCCACAUGCCAAAUGGCAUUACGGACUAUUUUAUGUGUGAGAUAUGUGACACCCAUUGUUAUAACCUCAAAGGUUGGAGCCCACAUAUUAAAGGAAGAAAACAUGCCACUAGAAUUGCCCUGUUCAAGUCCCACCACCCCAAGGAGUGGGAGAGGAUUGUGUCCAAUGUAAACCAAGACAACUGUGACUAUCUGGGUACUGGCCACGAGAAUCAAAUAGAGGAUAAUGAAGAAACACUAGAGAGCAGAUUCUGCAGGAUCUGCAACAGGAAUGUACAUGCAGUUGAUAAAUAUGGAAUGCGAGCUAUGUGGAACUUUCAUAUUAUGGGCAAAGCUCAUAAUGACUUUGAGAAGAAAGUUGACCAUGAGGCACGUGAGAGAUUUGCCGAGGAUAUUCUACAUUAUAAGGACAUUGACUCACGGCUGAAGCUGGAAAAGAAUAGUCAGUUAGCAGAACAUUCAAAACUCAAAAGAAUCUGUGUGGCGUGCAAUAGGUACAUUUUCUGUAAUGAUGAAGUUGCAUUGAAAGGGAUGUGGAAUUUCCACAUAUUUGGAAGGCCCCAUGAAUAUUGCUUGAAGCAGGCCACGGAUGAGGUAAGGAGUAAGUUCUAUCUGGAUUGCAUGAAGUAUAAACAAUAUGAUGACACUCUCCCUGACCCACCCAGGCGACACUUCCCUACGGAAGAAGAAAUGUCUAAAUAUGAAGAAGCUGUUCCUGGAGAUAAAACAGAUCAGGAAGGUGCAUCAAAUGUUAAUGCUAAAAGCAAGAAACAGAAAGACACCAAACAGACCUUUGACUAUGGCCAUGAUCAAGGAAAACCUAAGGAUAUUAGUAGUAAUGGUGGUAAAGAAGUACAAACAUUUGAUUAUGCCCAUGGAGAAGCAGGUGUAUAUAUCCCAGGUCUUGAAGGUCCAGCAGAAACCCACAGUAAAGGUAGCACACCAGCCCCAAGAAAAACAGGUUUCUACAGCCAUGAGGACAAAGGCUCCAGAAGAGAGUCUGUGGAUGCUUUAUCAAGUCUCUCCCAAGCCUAUGAUGAAAGAAGCCUUUAUUCAACAAGUGAAGAUGAUGUUCGUGGAGGUCAACAUAAAAGCGAUAGAGGAUCAAGUCCCCAAGAAAAGAACAAGGAACGCAGUAGUCAAAGAAGUAGAGACAGAAGGAGAAGGCAGAGACAAAUGAAGUCUCAUAGUAAAGAGGCAGCUCAGUCAAGGAUAGACAUGCUAGCUGAACAACAUCGGAGGGCAAAAGAAAAACAAAGAAGCAGAGAAAGAACUAGAAGUUUAGAAAGAAGUCCAGUAAGAAGACGACCAAGGAGUAGAAGUCCUGAUAUUAAAGUUUCUAGCAGAAGCCCCGAUAAUGUAUCCUCUUCAUAUAAACGCGCUGAUCCCAAUGUGAGUACCCCUGUACCCUUAGACCCAUAUGGUAAAGGUACACUGUCAACAGCUUCUUCAUCUUCAGAUCCAUUUGGCCAAGGAAUUAUGUCAGUAAAUCAAACUGCAUCUGUAGCAUCAUAUAUCCCUCCAGGAACAACUGCAAUACCCACACUAAAUGAGUUUGGCCAACCAUACCCACCUGGAGUUACUCCAUCAGUGGCAACCCCAAGUGUAGCCCCAGCAAGUACAGCCACUCCAGUUUCAGCAUAUUGGAUGGCACCUCCUCCAGCUACAGCACUACAAUGGACAACACCAUCAAUGAGUACCCCAACUGGAGUGACACCUGCUUGGUCAGCACCUCCAAUGCAUCGUCCAAUGUAUCCUCAAAUGGUGCCCCAGAUAACAACCCAUUUAAGGCCUCCAUUACCAGUUCCUAUGGUUCGCCAGAUGCCACCUCAAGUGGUUCAACCAGGAGUACCAAUAAGACCAAUAUUUGACCAGUAUGGUAGACCUUUGCCUCCACAAUCUAUGUCAAGACUUGACCUGUAUGGAAGGCCAAUACCAGAUGAAUUCCAGCCAACUGCAAGGUCAAGGUCAAAGUCAUUUUCUCGAUCAAGGUCAAGAUCUUUCUCUAGAUCUCGAUCUUUCUCAAGAUCCCGAUCUUACUCAAGAUCUCGAUCUAGAUCAUUUUCAAGAUCAUUCCGUAGAUCUAGAUCUAAAUCUUUUACACCCAGGAGACCAUACACCCCUCCUACUUAUUUGAGAGAUGGCAGACCAAUAAACAGGGACUCAUCUCUCGAUUCAUUGGACUCUUUAGAUCUACCUCCACCAAGCCCUGAGAUUAGGAAAACUACUCGAGGAGACUCCUUUGAUUCAUUAGAUUCUUUAGAUUUGCCCCCACCAAGUCCAGAAAUGAGAGAAAUUCGUCACAGAUGGUCCAGAAGCCCAAGAAGAAGACUAUCUCAGAAUAGAAGAUCUUUAAGUCCAAGAAAGACCUCCCAUAGAAGGCGCUCCCUUAGUCCUCUUAGAAAAUCAAAAAGUCCUCUGCCUCAAAGACGAUGGUCUCCAGCAAGAAGAAGGUCCAUUAGCCCCAGGCGACAUAACAGUCCUAGAAGAAGAUCAAAUACGGGGAGAAAAUCACUUAGUCCAAGGAGAGGAAGGGGAGGGAGACGUAGAUCUACAAGUCCAAGAAGAUCAGAUAAAAGACCAAGAAGUCCUAAGAGAGAAAGCAGAGGAAAUCCUAGGUCCAGAAGUCCUAAGAGAGACGGAUCAAAAGUGGGGAGUUCAAGAACAGGUAGAUUAACAGAAAAGAGUAAACCAAGUCCUAAAAGAAAUACAUCUGAUAAAAGUAGUUCAAAUGCAGCUAAGACAAGAACUUCAACAGAUAAAUCUAAAACAUCUGAUGCAGCCAAAACUGGUGUCAAGAGAAAUGAUGACCAGGGUAAUAAAAAGAAUACUGCAGCUACAACUAAAAGUAAAGCUGAUAAACCACCAUCCCCUAACUCACCAACAAAGAAGGGUGGUACACUAUCAAAUGCUUCUAAAUCAACAGUCAAGUUACAAACCAGACCAGUAUCCAAGUCUGCAACACAAAGUGCAAAUAGCGAAACUGUACCACCUUCCAAACCCCCUGAAAAUACUGUUGUUCAAACAAGCUCUAGUACUCAACCUUCUGGAAAGCAGAAUGCAAGUUCCACACAAUCCAAUGUCUUUAAAAACCCUCCCAAUAUAAGAAACAAGCCCGCUACAACAAAAUCCAUUGCCAGUGCUGGUGUAAACAAGCCUGCUGUAGGGAUACCCAUUAACUUAGUUAAGACAGAGUCAACUAAAACACCUGCUAGUAAAACAUCUUCCACAGUAAAUUAUGAACCAGUCUCCGAUCCUGACAUCAUUGAAAUACCAAUUCAAAGGAAAACUCCACCCCUCAUCACUAUGUCUGAUAAUGAGAAGACAUUGGAUCCAAACAAGAGUAACACUGAUCCUAAGAAGAAUAACCCAGUGGCUAGCCAAUUAAAAGAAGUUCCAAAACAACCUAAAUCAGCUUCUUCCAGAAUGCUAAAAGGACCUCCAUCAACAAGUGCUACGAAGAGAAGCACAGAGAAGACACAAGAGCCCCAGAGUGAUAAUGCUAAUCAUGAUCUGAAAGACAUUUUUAAAGAUAUUCCUGGUGUCCUAACAAGCUCAUAUAGUAAAAAACUAAUGGAAGUGUAUAAUAAAUACAAAAGUGCCAUGAACACACUGUCAGUAGCCAUGUUUGAGGUAAUAUACAAGAGAGAAUAUGUAGGGGAAUUAGAGUUCAGAUUUGCGGAACUAAAAAAGGUUGAAGGCCUUUUUGAGAAGUAUGACAAAUAUAUGAAAGACUUCAAUACUCUUCCUCUCCCCAAGCUAGAAGAAAAGUAUGAUCAAAAGGUAGUUGAUCAAAUUGAAGAAGAUGUGAAGAUGCUGAAAAAGAAUAAAGGUUUGGAAGAAGAGUUUGAGAAAUAUUAUUUGGAUCAUAAAGCAAAGAAAUCUGUUCAUGAAUUAAGAGAGAAAUAUAAAGCAGGCAAAGAGCUUGAGAUGAAAUUCAGGUGCUACAAGUUCAAUGCGGAACUCAUCGCAAAACAUAGUCGCAUGUUAUAUGACAAAGGAAAGAUGCCAAAAGUUGACUUUGAAAAGUUGUAUCCGACGGUGAAAUCUAAAGUGAUUGAGGCAAAAUAUAAGGAAGCUCAGAAUGGUUUAAAGCUUGAAGCUGAGCAUGAGAAGUUUAAAAUGGACAAGAUGACACUUCCAGCAGCAAAAUUCCUAAGCAAGUUCAGCAGAGAGGAUCAAAAAGAACUUGAAGAAAAAUAUAACAGUUAUAGAAAAAAGAUUCUGGAUACCUACAAGUCUAAGUACUUGUAUGACUGUAUGCCAGGUUUUGAAAAGGUUACAUCAGAGGCAGAAGAAGUCCAGAAAAGAAAUGAGGCUAAAGGAGACAAUGAAACUGCUAAAAAAGAUGAAACAGGUCCUCUAUUGGCUCCAUUUAGUGUGACAGAAAGAUACACAUCAAUAAGUGCAGACACAUCUAAAAAAUCAGCUAUUGCACCAUCAUCAAGCACAAGAUCUUCAUCUGUACAAUCACUUACUACUUCUACCGUGGUGUCUCAAAGUAACAGCAGCUCUAUAAGUUCAUUAACUAGCCAAACAAAUGUACAGCUCCAAACUUCUCAGUCAUCUUUUCAAAGAAAAUCUGCAGCUUCAGAUUUCUCAUCAAUGCCCAGCAGUCAACCAGCUGUAAUCCAAGUUCCCCCGGUGCUAUAUAAUGUUGUAGGCAAGCCAGUAGUUCAACCAUUAAUGAGUAUCCAGCAGGUAACCCCUGUCACUCAGCAGAUCCAACCAUUAAUGGGAAAACCUAUACAGACUUUAAUGAACAGACAGCGGCAAACUGUUACAUCCUCUGCCCAGCUGCCUGCUGUAGUUGGGCAGCAAACUGCCAAAGGAGGCAUCCGGCGUUUUGAUCAGCCACCAGCUCCAAUUAUACCCUUGGGCAAAACAAAACCAACUGUUGAACAUCAAACAAAAACAAAAAUCAUAACGCAGUAUAAAAUAGAUGAGAAAGGAGAUAUGAAAAUGGUUAAUCCAAAAGGUAAUACAGGCAGUGAAGUGUCAGGAAAGUCAGUUGAGAAACCUACUGGAGCUACCCCAAAGCCACAAACAGUGCCGAAGGAGCCAUCAGUAGAAACAUCACAUGAUACAAAGUCAAAGCCAAUUGUGAAAACUAAUGAUGCUAAAAGUGUAAUCAGUGGUUCUGCUUCAAAGCCAAACACAAAUUUAUUAAAAUUAACGCAAGGUUCACCUAAAACUCCAACCUCUAAUAAAAGAGAUGCUGGAGCAAAUGCAUCCCAACCCAAAGCUGGCACACCCAAUAAAGGAAGUAAGCCAGCUGAGAAACCUAAAGUGAAUACAAGGCAGGAUAAACCAACAGCCACAAGUACAUCCUCAUCCAAAGUUAAAAAAACGGUAGCCUCAAAUACCAAAUCGAAUGCAGCCAGGUCAUCUCCCAGACAAGAAGCAAAUCGAUCCACUAGGUCGAAGCAAACUCCUCAAAGGCUAAAUGAAGAUUCGAAACUUAAGCCACGUGUAAGUAGAUUUGAAUCGACACCUGAAGUGAAAAAAUUAGACACAAGGAAGAGUCGUUUUGAACCUGAUGUGGGAAAUAAACCCGAACCACGUGUAAGUAGAUUUGAAUCGACACCUGAAGCGAAAAAACUAGAUGCAAGGAAAAGUAGAUUUGAACCUGAUGUGGAUAAUAAAGCUAAACCACGUUCAAGUAGAUUUGAUACUGAUGCUGGGAAACGUUUUGGAUCACCAGGUGGGAAGCGACAAGGCAUGUAUGAUUAUGGGCCAGCAAAUAAGCGUCCAUUCAUCAAUGAACAGUCAGGAGCAGGCUCUAAUAUCGUGGCACCUUUGUAUUCUAACAGGCCCCGUGAUUAUGAUUUACCAAGAGAUGUUGAUUUACGUGCACAGGAUGUUGAUGAUAGAGGUGGUCUUAAGAGCUAUCUUGGACGUGGUGCUAAAGAUCUGGAUCCAAGACGACCCCAAUACCAAGAUGAUACAAGUGACAGGCCUGAACGACAUGAACAAGGUCUUGAGCUCACCUGGGACGAUGUCAUACGACAAGUUGAUCGUGGGUUUUUCAACCGUCAGCUGAUCAUGGAUGUGUUGGAGAAACACAACCCAGUUAUCAAGGCACAGCUUGAGAACUUUGAUGAUAUCACAUUGAAGGCAGCAUUGAAGAUGAUACAAACUAUGGAUAGUCAAUCCAUAAACUCACUUGCAAUGCCUGGACAACCUGGACCUCCUGAUGAUCAUUUCAACAGACCAAAUUUCAAUAGAGGAGGACGCUUUUAA